AUAGGAUACACCUGAGCAACUCUCUAUUCUUUCACGCAACGCAAUAUUCUUUCCCAGCCCCUUUCGACAACAUCAUGGCCGACCUUCCCCAGACGAUGCGAUCCCUUGCGGUGCGGAAGCACUGCGCGCCUGCGGAGUGGGAAGUGGCCGUGUUGCCGCUUCCCACAAUAUCGGGUCCGACAGAUAUGAUCGUCCACGUUCACGCCGGUGCCGUCAUGAGAGGUGACUGCCAGAGAAUCGUCGGUUCAAAUCUCGCUUCAAUAUGUAAGGCAACGUUCCCGCUCAAGGUCGGAUCCGAGGGGGCCGGCAUCGUUGUGGCUAUCGGUUCCGAGGUCAAACGUUUCAAGGUCGGCGAUGCCGUGUACGGGCUGAAUAUUGCCCGGCCAAUCUUCAGCGGCCCCGACCCGGGGUUCUGCUCCGAGUACGCCAUUGUUCAGGAGAGGAUGAUGCUCCCGAAACCGGCGCAGAUGAGUUUUGAAGAGGCCGCAUCCCUCGCGGGAUACACCGUCACCGCAUACCAGUGCAUCAAGCAGGGCCUGGCACUGGCCGGCGAGGAGAACCUCGAGGGGAAGACCGUCUACAUCCCCGGGGCCUUGAGUGGAGGCGGCUCUAGUGCCAUACAGGUCGCCAAAAACGUCUUCGGCGCCGCGAAGGUCAUCUCAACCGUUUCGACUCCGAAACUGGGACUUGUCGAGCAGUACUUGCCCGGCCUCGUGGAUCAACUCAUCGACUACACGACAACGGAGAUCGGGGAUAUCGUUCCCAAAGGAAGCGUGGACUUCAUGGUCAACACUCAGUUGUCUACAUUGAGCUCUGGUAUCCCGCUGCUGAGGCCGAAGACUGGUGUUAUCGUGUCCAUCGCGUCCAUCCCCCCGUCAUCCGUAUUCAAAGAAAUGGUCGGACCGGGCGUGGUCCCGUUCUGGCUCUGUUGGCUGUUGGACCUGACCCAGCUGUGGUACAAGUGGAAGCUGCGCGGGACCAACAUUCAACAUCGGUUCGUGUCGGGGGACUCGGAGAAACGAGAGGACAAUGAGAAGGCCGGAGAGUUCAUCGCCACUGGCAAGGUCAAGGGAGUGUUCCGGGUGACGAACCUGUCCGACAUCGAGGCGGUCAGGGAAGAAUGCGGAAAGGUGCAUACCGGCAAAGGGGGGCUUGGACGAUGCGUUGUGAGAAUCAAGGAGUGAGCUUGGCACCCACGUCCGGCAUUUCAUCACGUUUAUAGCCCGAGGUCCUUUUAUUUGCCCGUUUGUACAUAUGCCAACUGUUUCUGUCUUUUUCAUUCUUUUCCAGGAGCACUUCCUCGUCAUCGCGGCACGUCAAUACAGAAGCUUUAAUUUACUAUUGCCAAUCCCUUCAGGUGCGGCAUGUAAUCAGACCCGGGCAAUUCGAGGCAUUGCGGUUACUCUCCUACAGAAGGGCACCAGGACCUCAGGUAUACCUCAUUACCUCUGGUUUUGAGGUGGAUAGACAUCUUUACUUCGUUAGUUUUGGCUGAUUCGACCCGAUCUGUGGGUUGCGUUGACUUUCCAUCAGAAACAAUCAUCAGCAUCACCGCCACCCCCGCAGCUGCCGCGAUGUGAUACCAAAACUGAGAAACCAGGACCCUUCGCCUCCGUCUACCCCGCUCACCGCUUUCAGUAACCUAUUGUUCUCUUCGGCUGGACACCAUAGAGGCACUCGUACAAAAGAGCCCGUACGGCGGUG